GUUGUGGCAGUGGCGCAGUGUACUGUGGGGGAAAUGUGGAGGAUUUGAUUGUUGUAGUUCAUUCAUGGAUUGCGCAGCGACUGCCUGACGAAACGGAACAUAUUUCUGAAAGAGUUCAGAUAUUAAACCUUAACAGCGGACGCUGUAGGAAAUCUUGUUUGCUUGACUCUACUGGCUCGUCUGUAAAGGAUAAUACGUUCAGGGAUAUCGUACAGCACUUUAACAACCAGGUACAGGCCCAGAGCCGCGGAUCAGGGGAGCGAAAUAGCGCGUAUUUGGAGGGCUCUUCUCCGGGAGAAACCCUCACCAAUGCGGGGCUGACAACGCGGUCUUUGCUGUGAGGUUUGAGGCGAUUUAUCUGGAUAGUGGAACGUUUCCUGAAUCUUGGAACAAAUAUGUCACACGGCGGAAUCCCGCCUAGAUGGAAGAAUUGUCCGCGAAGGGGACAACCUGUGGCAGGAACAUUUUUGCCGAUGAAGACGAUGCUGGGUCCAAAAUAUGAUGACCUGGUCCCGGCGGAGAACCGAUUCCACCCCAGCAUGCUCUCUAAUUAUCUAAAGAGUCUCAAGGUGAAAAUGGGAUUGCUAGUUGAUUUGACCAACACGACACGAUUUUACGAUCGAAAUGAGAUCGAACAAGAAGGCAUUACAUAUGUGAAACUUCAAUGCAAAGGGCAUGGUGAAUGCCCUUCGACAGAACACACUCAGAUGUUUAUCCGGCUUUGUGAGCACUUCAUGGAAAAGACUCCUACCGAACUGAUGGGUGUCCACUGUACACACGGGUUCAAUCGAACAGGCUUUCUAAUCUGUGCCUAUCUGAUUGAGAAGAUGGACUGGAGUAUCGAAGCUGCUGUGGCUGCUUUUGCUCAGGCCAGACCACCAGGAAUUUACAAAGGAGAUUACCUGAAAGAGCUGUUCCGUCGAUAUGGUGACGUGGAAGACGCCCCUUCUGCCCCCCCUCUGCCUGACUGGUGUUUUGAAGAUGAUGAUGCUGAUGACGUGGAUGAUGAGGGGAACACGAUUGGUCAGGACUCAGGACCCAGCUCUUCAGGGUCAUUGCCAGGCAAAAGGAAAAAGGAACGACUCAAACUGGGAGCUGUGUUCUUGGAAGGAAUUCAAGUUAAAGGUGUAACACAAAUUACAACACAACCAAAGCUUGGUGAAAUCCAGAGGAAAUGUCAGCAGUUCUCUGAAUGGGAAAGGUCUGGGUUCCCUGGAGCACAGCCAGUAUCCAUGGAUAGACAGAACCUAAAAUUCCUGGAGCAGAAGGCAUACAAAGUCAGCUGGAAAGCAGAUGGCACUCGGUAUAUGAUGCUGAUUGACGGGAAAAAUGAAGUCUAUAUGAUUGACAGAGACAAUUCAAUAUUUCACAUAGCCAAUUUGGAAUUUCCCUUCCGGAAAGAUCUCCGUGCUCACCUAUCAAACACCCUGUUAGAUGGGGAGAUGAUCAUUGACAAGGUAAAUGGACAACCAGUGCCAAGGUACCUGAUCUAUGACAUAGUGAAAUUUAAUGGGCAGCCUGUUGGUCAGUGUGAUUUCAAUAUUCGACUGAUUUGUAUAGAAAAGGAAAUCAUCUUUCCAAGGCUUGAGAAAAUGAAGAAUGGACAACUUGACAAAACAAAGGAACCUUUCAGCGUCAGAAAUAAACCAUUUUUUGACAUUCAUGCAUCAAAAAAGCUUCUUGAUGGCAGCUUUACCUCUCAAGUCAGUCAUGAAAUGGAUGGACUGAUUUUUCAGCCUGUAGGGAAAUACAAACCUGGCAGAUGUGAUGAUAUAUUGAAAUGGAAACCUCCUAGCCUCAACUCUGUGGAUUUCCGGCUUAAAAUAACAAAAGUAGGAGGCGAGGGGUUGCUGACACAGACCGUAGGACUACUCUAUGUUGGCAACUAUGAAAGACCUUUUGCUCAGAUGAAGGUGACAAAAGAUCUGAAACAGUAUGACAACAAAAUCAUUGAAUGCACCUUUGUGAACAACACGUGGGUUUUCAUGCGCCAGAGAAUAGACAAGAGCUUCCCAAAUGCCUACGAAACAGCCAUGGCUGUUUGCAACAGCAUUCAACAUCCAGUUACAAAGGAAAUCCUGCUGGAGUUCAUCGAUAGGUGUGCACUCCCAGCUCAAGGACAAACACGCAAACACCCCCUGGAUCCAGACUCGGAGCUGAUGCCACCCCCUCCCCCAAAGAGACCGAACCGAGCUAUACCAUAGCGUUGGGGCCGGGGGGCACUCGCACCCCUUCACUAAUGCUGCUAUUGUGCAGUGUCAGCUUACCUGCACAGAGCACCCACACGUUUACUCACAAAUAGAACAUCCACCUCUGUGGAAUUGAUGAUGCAGAAACAUUUCUUCUUAGGGCUAUGUGUCUCUUUAAAAUGAAUUUGCACCCCUCCCCCUCCCCCCCUUGCCUGUACAGGAAUCCAAUACAUUGAAGUCUUGGGAACUUUGUUUAUUAGGUAGGAGAAUUACUCAUUUUCUGUUGUGUUUAGUUUUGAUCAUUCCAAGUACUGUAUCAUGGUUUUCUUAUUUUGCCUCUGAGACAUUUUUACUAAACAUCCGUUGUAUGCAAUAUAUCCUCGUUUUACAUGCAAGCAAGAAGGUGUGGUUUGGUUUAAUUAUUUUAAAAUAAG